GUACUUUGGGGGCUGGAGAAGCAUGACAUCAUGCGCAGCUCCGACCCCUCUCUACGAUCCAAAGAGUAAAACAUCUUUAUUUUACUACUGCAAACCAAAGUCGACGACAGAACCGUCUGCACUGUCAUACUCCGCGGCCCCAUCCAUAAAAUACACCGUGAAUCUGGCCCUGGUACUCCGGGGUGCAGCGGAGUCUGGGAGGGGCGUCCGUCCGUCGUCCGUCCGGGCAAUGGCGGAUGGGGAUGCCACCGUGUCUGUGGAGUGGGGCAGCGGUGAUGGGUGCUUAGCAAAAUAACCUCCCACUUCUGCAUUUACAUUUUCUCUAUUACGCUUGGUAUUCAGCUCUCGCCAUGGAUCCAGAGAAAACGUUGACAUUCUGCUUCGGGCUGAAGGCUGAGGAGAUGACCAUGUCCCUGCAGGGGCUGGAUGGGACUGAAACUGCUACGGUGGCUGUUUCUCAGAAGGAGACUGACCUGCGCACGGUUAAUGAGGUGGUGAAGCAUCACGGGGGUUCUGGUAGCCAGCCUGUUGUCAGUCCCAACUGUCCUGGUGUAAACGACAAUCCAGGUUACCUGUGUGAAACGGGGCACUGCUGCGGAGAGACAGGCUGCUGUACCUACUAUUAUGAGCUCUGGUGGUUCUGGCUGCUGUGGACAAUGCUGAUCCUCUUCAGCUGUUUCUGUGCUUACCGCCACCGCCGGGCCAAGCUGAGGAUCCAACAGCAGCAGAGACAGAGGGAGAUCAAUCUGAUCGCCUAUAACGGAGCCUGCAACUACCCUUCCUCAAUGCUGGACCUCAGUUUUCUGGCUUCCUUCAAGUUGCCCUCCUACGAGGAGGUGGCGGCGCAGCCCAGCACCCCUCCUCCGCCUUACAGCUCCGUCUUCGCCCUGCAGGGAGGUGCCAUGGGGGGUCCUAGCUCCUCUUACCCCCAUCAUCACCACCACCGUCACCCCUGCCCUCCCUAUCUGGGCCCCGGUCCCAGUGGCCUGACUUCCUCCCAGAGCUCUGACAACUACACUAGCUGCUCCUGCGAGUCGUGCUCCCUCACCUCCCCCUCCAGCACCUCCUUCUCUGUCCAGGUGACAGACGAGACACAUGACAGCAGCCACAUCUCCACACCCAGUGAAGCAGGGGGCGACUGUGCUGUCAUGCCAAGGGUUGCGGCCAACUUCACACCAACUUCUUCCCCGACACCUCCGUUACAAGUUCCCCCUGAUGUCAUACCCGCGGCCACUCCAGAUGUCAUACCCGUACAAAGACGGUCCUCUAAUGGCAGCGAAGGAGUCUUGCCUUCAGCUCCACCUCCACCUCUCUCUCUUCCUUUACACUCUCGUCCUUCACGCCCUUCUCGCCUCCCGCUUUCUCCCCUCAUUCUGCUACAUUCCCUCCCUCCUGGUCAAAUCCAUCCUCUCGUCUUCUCAGACCCACUUGGAGCUGUGGCCGUUCAGAGGGAGAAAGAAGAAGAAGCCCGGCCUUAUGGUCCAACCCCCAGGCCCACUCUGUAUCCCCCUAAACAGGCUCUCUUCUCCUCAAACGUGGCAGUUUCCACACAUUGCAACAACAAAGAGCAGCAAAAACGAGAAAAAGAAGAGGAGGAAGAGGAAGAUGAGGAGGAGGAUCAUUUCCGACAUCGACGGCUAACAGGUGACUCGGGCAUUGAGGUAUGUCGUUGCCACGUGAAGAGAGAGGAACAAGAGGAAGAGGAGCUACAGAAGGGGCAUUCUGGGAAGGGAAGAAAAGAGGCUGUGAAGGAAGAGGAGAGGGAAGACAUGCUGCAUGACAGUGUGGACUGUUCCCUCCGAGGGAAGGCUGCUGUUCAGUCACCACUCCUGGAUGUCUGCGUUGAACAGCGCGGCCACGUCUCUUCAUUCUCCAGUAUCAUCCAGAAGCCAGGCGAGGCCAUCUUCACUGUUGAGUCCUCGUAAGCUGACAGCCUGUGAGAUGUAGUCAGACAAGUGGGAAAAGUGAGAUGUUAAUGCUUGAUAGCAUCUUCAUAGAUCAAGACUAGUAGGUGAAAAGUGAAAUCACUGAAAAAAAGUCUUGCAGGUCUUACUAUGGUUGGGGGCAGGAUGAGUAAUGUAUCCUCUUGUCUUCUCUGUAUUUAAAUGAGAAACUCCAAGAGAAGCCGACACCUGAAAGUCCUAUUUUGUAGGUAAUUUAUUUAUAGUUUGGGGGACAGCAUAUCUUCUCCUCUGAAGUGAUGAAAAUGCUAAUGAAUUGCUCUUUCGUUGUGACCAUUUUCCCACAUGCUAACCAAAUCCAUUUUUACCAGUGGAUAGGUGUAAACAUGUCCCUCUAUCGUUUACUUUUCAUCUCUCUUUUCUCUACAUGACGCAAAAUUGCUAAAAAAAAGAAACAUUUUAGCUCCUUGAAACAAAAAACCCAAAUAGUCAGUGGUUCCCAACAUGUGAUAACAAAUAAAUCAGAGGGGUCGUGACGAUUAACAGUAUGAGAAAGAAGAAACAUAGUUGUGCUAAAGAAAAUUAUAUGCUAAUGUUUCUCUAAUGUUUCUUUUUUUUUGUGAAAUAGAUUUUUGUGGAUAGUUUUACCUCUCUGAACAUUUGAAAAAUUAUUGAAAUGAAACAAUCUGAGAUGCUUUAGUGGACCAAUUCACAGCAUCCUGACAUAUGCAAUGUGUGAUGGGGUCACAGAAAUAUAUUUUCCCAUUUGAAAGAGUCGCACAACAAAGAGGUUGGGAACCGCUUUCUGAUUAACCAUAUUACUAAAAUCAUCCCAGCAGCAGACAUGUUUAUCAUUGACUGACAUUUUUUUGAAUUGAAAACAAUUAUAAUCUAGGAGUGUAUAUGAAGAAAAACCACUAAACAAUUCAUUUUCAAAAGAGCAGCUCUAACUAAUUGUGUCUGGAUUCUAAUCUUUUGAAGAGUUUCAUAACUACUGGACAUAUGGUUCGAGGUCACAGGACUAACCUGUGACCUUUUUUUUUUUUUGUUGCAAGGUGAAUUUUUGCUUUCACCAGCCUACUUCCUUCUGUUUUAGAGGAAAUAAGAAGGGAGCUAUUAUGACUGAUUCAAGAAGUGUUUUAUACAUUGUGUCUUAUGUUGCUCCCAUAAGGGUUGCAAACAUUAAUGUGUGGGUGGCAAAGCUUUACAAUGGUCUUAUGAUUUAUACAUUGUUGUUACAGACUGUUACAUGAUUAUACUGUAUAAUGAACUGACUGUUUGACUUAGGAUUUAAUGUGUUUGAACAUGUUCCUGGUUGGUCGUUACUGUUUUUGCAAGGCAAUGUAAGUCCUCUGUGGGCGUACUGUUGAGUUUUUACAAGGCAGAAACUUUAAGCCUAAUCUCAUCACUGAUAAUGAAUGUAAAAGGUUAUGCAUCGCAACAAAAAGAUACACUGAAAUUGUUUACCGAGAAUUUUUAUACAGCAUGACGCUUGACGGAAAACCUCCUGAUAAAGUGUCCAAAACUGCAGCAAGGCAAUACAAUCUGCCAGGUUUGGGUUUUGAGACGACACUUUGAAAUGAAGUGCCCAUUGUAAUGUCUGUCUGAGUCAAGUAAUGCUUGUGAGAUUUUAAAGGUAUAAAUGUAGGGAGUGCAGGUUUAAAGUCAGAGUAAUGCCUCUUUUAUUAUUGCUGUGGCUAAACUCGGAGAGUUGGACUGCUUUUCUCUAAAUGUAUCCCUGUUUUUUGUGUGUGAAAUCAUUCGUCAGUUGAUGUCCAGUUGUACAGUAUCUGUCAGUAGAGAAUAGUCUCUUCCUCAGUGUGAGGUUGAUACCCUUUUGAUUGAUGCUCUGCACUUAUGUCGAAUAAGUCGAUCCUGGUCUUCGCAGUGGAAAUGGCACACGUGUACUCUCUUGUAGUUAAUUCUCAGUACAAAAUGUACUGAAGCACAGAAUAAGAUUUAGAAAAAGAGAAUGUCUCAAUCCAAUUUUGUACAUGUGUGUCUUGCUGUAGUUAUUGUGACACAAAUGCCUCUGUAGUUCAUUGACUGGAGGCCACUUUGUUGUGUCCUUGGCUCAGUGCAAAGCCAACUUAAUUGUCUAGCUUCCAACUCAUUUAUAGUUCUGUGGACAGAAAACGUUGCCUGGGCUCAGCUCAAUAAUACCUUUUUAUUUGUCAUAGACGAAUCGUGUGUGGGGAUUGGGAGGUUUGGGUUUGUUAUGAAGGUCAUUUUGACAUUCUCUGAUCAUUUCCGUUUUAAGAUCUUUGCAGUGACUCACAGGUGUGUCUCAGAGGUGACCCUUGCUCUGACAGAGAGUGGUCACCCUCUGAACAAAUUGACAUAAAAGCCCUCUGGCUAUUGUAUAUUUUUUGGCUAAAGACUGGACAGUUGUUAUUGUCUUUGAUUAGUUCUAGCUAAUGUAUGUUCAUCAACGUACAUGGUGCCUAGUUGAAAAUAGACUUUCUGUCUGGCAUUCUAUAGUUUACUGCUGCUAUGCGAGUGUGUGUGUGUGUGUGUGUGUGUGUGUGUGUGUGUGUGUGUGUGUGUGUGUGUGUGUGUGUGUGUGUGUGUGUGUGUGUGUGUGUGUGUGUGUGUGUGUGUGUGUGUGUGUGUGUGUGUGUGUGUGUGUGUGUGUGUGUGUGUUUUCUGUAAACUGUGUAUAGUCGCACAUCAAAUGGGCAAACAUUUUCUAGCAGUGCUUAGCAGUCUCUUUAUAAAAUAUACACAGUGAGACUUGCAAAAAUAGUAUUUAGCAAUAGUAUUCACACUUUUUUCCUUACUCUAGUUAAUGCUGGUUGAUAGGAAAUGAACUGUUGUGAAAAAGACAUUUACCUCUUUAUAACUGAUCCGUGAGUUGUGCUGGGCUGAGACCCUUGAUUGUACAUAACACUGCAUUUUAAAUGCCUUUUGGCUUAAGGUUUCUCCCAACCGCAAACUCAGAUUAUCUGGUUUUACUUUAGCCCCAGUUUGUGCUCUCAUGUAUUGUCAUUACAUUUGGGUCACAGUGCUAAGCAUCCUUGUUUCUGAAAAAUUUCCAGAUUCUUCUGGUCUCCUCUGUCCAUUUCCCAAAUUGCAACUCUGUUUCCUAUUCCACACAAAGAUGGUAGCUGGAAAUAACAUAGGUCCUUGCUUCAUCUAUACGACGUGAACCAAAAUGUAAACGUUUUAUCAUCUUUUUCCAUAUUAAUGUUUCUUUUUAUUUAUUUUUUAUAUUAUCUUACAAAAUAAGUUUGUUUGUCCUUGAAUCAUGUGUUGCAUCUAUGGAUUGGCCAAAGAUGUUGAACAUUCUAAAAUAUUCAGAAGGGAAACAAUAUGAUACGAUAUACCUUAAUGUCUCCUUAGGGAAUUUAGUUUGGACUCAAAAGCUGCACACAUAAAUAAAUGCCUUGACAGUUACAAAAAAACAAUAUGUGAACAGUGUGAUAUGGGGGAAAUGGAAAGUGAGUCCCAUUUUGUAUUGUUUAUACCAUGAGGAUUUGUGAGUGUCAAUUUUCCAUAAAAUGGUUCAACAAAACCAUAAAAUAUUAUGGUAGGCAAAUGAUUACCAAUAUGAAUGGUUAUUCUUUGUCUCACAAGCCUGGACAAGAUUGCUUAUUUAAUUAUGUAUUCAUAUUUCUCCAGUAUUACACAGUACAUGUUUUGUCACUGAUUUAUGAAUUUCAUUAGAAACAAGUUCUACAAAAUCUAUUUUAGACUUAGUUUUAAAAUGUAUAUGCAGCAUUCUGAAACUGGUCUUCAUGAAUUUGUAUGAUAUUUUAAGUUUGGACAUAAAACAGAAAAAACUUAAUUCAUUCAUAUAUUUUUCUUGUGUCCUACUAAACAAUACGCAAUAUACAUAGGGAAUGAAGUCGAAACUUUUUUUGUGCAGCAACAUAACAAUGGCUAGAUGGAAAGAGUUGUUAAAUGACUUAUGGAGUUUUCUUGUAUUUAUUUUUCAAACCGAUGUUUAGCUCUGUGACUCGAAUGCAGUGGUGGAAUGUAAUGUAAGUACAUUUACUCAAGCACUGUACUUACAUGUAAGUACAAAUUUUCUUUUCAUGCCACUUUCUUCUUCUAGUCCACUACAUUU